GUACCAAAAGUGCAAACGCUGCCCCCCGGGGCUACAAAAUCGAAUGCACCUUUGCUCUGGCGUGUCCUUACGUAGCUGCGUCACUCCUAUCUGUUCCUUCCCGGUGCGUGCAAGGCGUCCGCUAUCAACUCACAGAAAUCAUGGCGUCCCUAUCCAUGGCCCCAGUGAACAUCUUCAGACAAGGAGCUGACGAGGAGAAAGCUGAGACCGCCCGUCUGUCGUCCUUCAUCGGUGCCAUCGCCAUUGGAGAUCUGGUGAAGAGUACCUUGGGACCAAAAGGAAUGGACAAGAUCCUUAUCGGAGGUGGCAGGGAGGGAACUGUUACAGUCACCAAUGAUGGGGCCACCAUCCUCAAAGCCAUCGGAGUGGACAACCCCGCUGCCAAAGUGUUGGUUGACAUGUCCAAGACCCAGGAUGAUGAGGUUGGAGAUGGCACCACCUCUGUCACGGUAUUGGCUGCUGAACUGCUCAGGGAAGCUGAGCUCCUCAUCGCCAAGAAGAUCCACCCCCAGAUCAUAAUCUCUGGCUGGAGGAAGGCCACCCAGGCAGCCCGCCAGGCUCUGAAGGAGGCUGCUGUGGAUCAUGGUAACGACCAGGUGAAGUUCCAGGAGGACCUCCUGAACAUCUCCCGCACCACCCUGUCGUCCAAGCUGCUGACCCACCACAAGGACCACUUUGCCAAGCUGGCUGUGGAGGCUGUGCUCCGGCUGAAGAGCUCCGGUAACCUGGAGGCCAUCCACGUCAUCAAGAAGCUCGGAGGCAGCCUCAUCGACUCCUACCUGGACGAGGGCUUUCUGCUGGACAAGAAGAUUGGUGUGAACCAGCCCAAGAGGCUGGAGAACGUCAACAUCCUCAUCUCCAACACUGGCAUGGACACCGAUAAGAUCAAGAUCUUCGGCUCCAGAGUGCGUGUGGACUCCACGGCCAAGGUGGCGGAGAUAGAGAUGGCUGAGAAGGAGAAGAUGAAGGAGAAGGUGGAACGGAUCCUCAAGCACGGGAUCAACUGCUUCAUCAACAGACAGCUGAUCUACAACUACCCAGAGCAGCUGUUUGCUGCGGCAGGCGUCAUGGCCAUAGAACACGCAGACUUCUCCGGAGUGGAGCGCCUGGCUCUCGUCACGGGGGGAGAGAUCACGUCCACCUUCGACCACCCCGAGCUGGUGAAGUUGGGCCACUGCAAGCUGAUCGAGGAGGUGAUGAUCGGCGAGGACACUCUGAUCCACUUCUCAGGAGUGGCCAUGGGUGAGGCGUGUACCGUGGUGCUGCGUGGAGCCACACAGCAGAUCCUGGACGAGGCCGAGAGGUCUCUCCACGAUGCCCUGUGUGUCCUGGCUCAGACCGUCAAGGAGACACGUACCGUCUACGGAGGAGGCUGCUCUGAGAUGCUGAUGGCCAAGGUGGUGACAGACCUGGCUCUCAGGACACCGGGCAAAGAGGCUGUGGCCAUGGAGUCCUUCGCCAAAGCUCUUCGGAUGCUGCCCACCAUCAUCGCAGACAACGCCGGCUACGACAGCGCCGAUCUGGUGGCCCAGCUGAGAGCUGCUCACCAGGAGGGGAAAACCACCAUGGGUCUGAAUAUGAACCAGGGUACCAUCGGUGACAUGUCAGAGAUGGGGGUGACGGAGAGCUUCCAGGUCAAGAGGCAGGUUCUGCUGUCUGCUGCCGAGGCUGCAGAGAUGAUCCUCCGUGUCGACAACAUCAUCAAGGCUGCGCCCAGGUGAGGACCAACACCUGACACACACACACCCUGCAGCUCUCUUUUAUUGUUCCAGAUAUCCCAGAAAUCCUUGCUGUAGGUGCAGUCAAAUGCCUGACUUAAACCUCCAUUCCUGGCAUGCACGCUGUCUCCCUGUUCUCCUGUCUGUUAUGGAGGGAUAACAGGUCCAGUGUCUUCCACUACCAGAAUGUUCUCCUGUCUGGAGGGAUAACAGGUCCAGUGUCUUCCACUACCAGAAUGUUCUCCUGUCUGGAGGGAUAACAGGUCCAGUGUCUUCCACUACCAGAAUGUUCUCCUGUCUGUUAUGGAGGGAUAACAGGUCCAGUGUCUUCCACUACCAGAAUGUUCUCCUGUCUGUUAUGGAGGGAUAACAGGUCCAGUGUCUUCCACUACCAGAAUGUUCUCCUGUCUGUUAUGGAGGGAUAACAGGUCCAGUGUCUUCCACUACCAGAAUGUUCUCCUGUCUGUUAUGGAGGGAUAACAGGUCCAGUGUCUUCCACUACCAGAAUGUUCUCCUGUCUGUUAUGGAGGGAUAACAGGUCCAGUGUCUUCCACUACCAGAAUGUUCUCCUGUCUGUUAUGGAGGGAUAACAGGUCCAGUGUCUUCCACUACCAGAAUGUUCUGCUGUCUGGAGGGAUAACAGGUCCAGUGUCUUCCACUACCAGAAUGUUCUCCUGUCUGUUAUGGAGGGAUAACAGGUCCAGUGUCUUCCACUACCAGAAUGUUCUCCUGUCUGUUAUGGAGGGAUAACAGGUCCAGUGUCUUCCACUACCAGAAUGUUCUCCUGUCUGUUAUGGAGGGAUAACAGGUCCAGUGUCUUCCACUACCAGAAUGUUCUCCUGUCUGGAGGGAUAACAGGUCCAGUGUCUUCCACUACCAGAAUGUUCUCCUGUCUGGAGGGAUAACAGGUCCAGUGUCUUCCACUACCAGAAUGUUCUCCUGUCUGUUAUGGAGGGAUAACAGGUCCAGUGUCUUCCACUACCAGAAUGUUCUCCUGUCUGGAGGGAUAACAGGUCCAGUGUCUUCCACUACCAGAAUGUUCUCCUGUCUGGAGGGAUAACAGGUCCAGUGUCUUCCACUACCAGAAUGUUCUCCUGUCUGGAGGGAUAACAGGUCCAGUGUCUUCCACUACCAGAAUGUUCUCCUGUCUGUUAUGGAGGGAUAACAGGUCCAGUGUCUUCCACUACCAGAAUGUUCUCCUGUCUGUUAUGGAGGGAUAACAGGUCCAGUGUCUUCCACUACCAGAAUGUUCUCCUGUCUGUUAUGGAGGGAUAACAGGUCCAGUGUCUUCCACUACCAGAAUGUUCUCCUGUCUGUUAUGGAGGGAUAACAGGUCCAGUGUCUUCCACUACCAGAAUGUUCUCCUGUCUGUUAUGGAGGGAUAACAGGUCCAGUGUCUUCCACUACCAGAAUGUUCUGCUGUCUGGAGGGAUAACAGGUCCAGUGUCUUCCACUACCAGAAUGUUCUGCUGUCUGGAGGGAUAACAGGUCCAGUGUCUUCCACUACCAGAAUGUUCUGCUGUCUGGAGGGAUAACAGGUCCAGUGUCUUCCACUACCAGAAUGUUCUGCUGUCUGGAGGGAUAACAGGUCCAGUGUCUUCCACUACCAGAAUGUUCUGCUGUCUGGAGGGAUAACAGGUCCAGUGUCUUCCACUACCAGAAUGUUCUCCUGUCUGUUAUGGAGGGAUAACAGGUCCAGUGUCUUCCACUACCAGAAUGUUCUCCUGUCUGUUAUGGAGGGAUAACAGGUCCAGUGUCUUCCACUGCCAGAAUGUUCUGCUGUCUGGAGGGAUAACAGGUCCAGUGUCUUCCACUACCAGAAUGUUCUGCUGUCUGGAGGGAUAACAGGUCCAGUGUCUUCCACUACCAGAAUGUUCUGCUGUCUGGAGGGAUAACAGGUCCAGUGUCUUCCACUACCAGAAUGUUCUCCUGUCUGUUAUGGAGGGAUAACAGGUCCAGUGUCUUCCACUGCCAGAAUGUUCUGCUGUCUGGAGGGAUAACAGGUCCAGUGUCUUCCACUACCAGAAUGUUCUGCUGUCUGGAGGGAUAACAGGUCCAGUGUCUUCCACUACCAGAAUGUUCUGCUGUCUGGAGGGAUAACAGGUCCAGUGUCUUCCACUACCAGAAUGUUCUCCUGUCUGUUAUGGAGGGAUAACAGGUCCAGUGUCUUCCACUACCAGAAUGUUCUCCUGUCUGGAGGGAUAACAGGUCCAGUGUCUUCCACUACCAGAAUGUUCUCCUGUCUGUUAUGGAGGGAUAACAGGUCCAGUGUCUUCCGCUACCAGAAUGUUCUGCUGUCUGGAGGGAUAACAGGUCCAGUGUCUUCCGCUACCAGAAUGUUCUCCUGUCUGUUAUGGAGGGAUAACAGGUCCAGUGUCUUCCACUACCAGAAUGUUCUCCUUUCUGUUAUGGAGGGAUAACAGGUCCAGUGUCUUCCACUACCAGAAUGUUCUCCUGUCUGUUAUGGAGGGAUAACAGGUCCAGUAUCUUCCGCUACCAGAAUGUUCCUUGUAAUUCUGCUUCUAUCCUCAAUGCCUGGUUCAUUCUGAUUGGUCAAGUCUACAGAUGGCAGUCUACCACAUGACUAGAGUAGAGCAUCCUUGUUUUCCCAAACUGCUUUGCAGUAGACAGUCAAAAACAUGUUUUGCAAAUGCAGUUGUUCUCAUUUUGUACGUUGAUCAUUUGCUUACUGCUCUGAAAUGGUGAGUAGGUUGUUUUCAUUCCUGUAAAACGUAGUAAUUCACCUUUAUUACUGAUUCCUCCCUCUUUCCCCUUGCAGGAAGCGAGUACCAGACCAUCACCCCUGUUAAUACCACCAGGAGGAAGAGGAGGGGGGGUGAGGAAGAUGAGAGAGGGGAACAGGAGUUGCUGGUAGGGGAAGGGGAACAGAAAAGCCUGUAUUUAUGAUACUCCUGUCCAAGGCUGUGUACCAUACGUCACUUUGAAAUAAAAAACCCUGAUGUGUUCUGUACCGUUGUCCCAAAGUCAAAGCUUCAGUCUCUUUUGGUUGGUUAGUCUAAAUGCUCCUUUUAGUCUGUCGGGGGUGUGUUACGAACCACUGCAGAGGCCAGACUGUCAACGCACUUGAUAUCUCAUGCAGAUGGCUGUAUGGACAUGUUUGUUUACUGAAAUAAUAAUAAAUAAAAAAACUCACUCUGAA